AUGAUUCGAAUCGGUUAUUGUCUUUUGUCUGGGCGUAUUUCCAAAGCCAGUCGAGGAGUUUCGAGGAUUUUCGCCGCAUCUUUGCAACCACAUCGACAUGUACACGAAGAAAGCAAGCUAGAGGUGGCAUAUGAAACAUGGGGCGAGUUGAAUGAAGCAAAAGAUAAUGUUGUUCUCUUAUGUACUGGUCUGUCUGCCUCAUCACAUGCCAAGAGUCAUGCGGAGAACCCUGCACCGGGUUGGUGGGAAAGCUUUGUGGGUCCUGGUUGUGCUUUGGACAGUGAUAAGUUCUUCAUCAUUUGCUGUAACAAUGUAGGAGGAUGUUAUGGUUCAAGUGGGCCUUCCUCAAUCAAUCCAGUGACAAAUAAGCCUUAUGCUACAACCUUCCCUAUUGUCAGUGUUGAUGAUAUGGUGCGUUCCUUCUUUCUUACCUUGGAUUCAUUAGGUAUUGAAAAGGUUCAUGCAGUUGUUGGAGCAUCUUUGGGAGGUAUGUCUUCCCUGAUUGCUGCUGCUUUAUAUCCAGAUCGAGUGGGAAGGGUGGUCACAAUCUCGGCUUGUGCUCAAUCACAUCCAGCAUCAAUAGCCCUUCGCUAUGUGCAGCGCAGGGUACUCAUGAGUGAUCCUAACUGGAACAAAGGUUUUUAUUAUGAUGGAGCUUAUCCAAGGCUUGGAAUGAAACACGCCAGGGAAGUAGCCACCAUUACAUACCGUAGUGGCCCAGAGUGGGAGCAGAGAUUUGGGCGUAAACGCAUUGAGGAUCAAGUCUCGCCAAACUUUUGUCCUGAGUUUGAGAUUGAGAGCUACUUGGAUUAUCAGGGUGACAGCUUUUGUGUCAAGUAUGAUCCUAACUCACUACUAUACAUAUCAAAGGCAAUGGAUCUGUUCGACUUGGGGGAAGGCUUCAGCUCUCUCUUGGAAGGAGUGGCUCGAAUUCAGUGCCCCACCCUUGUUUUAGGAGUUCAAUCUGAUGUGUUGUUUCCUGUCACACAGCAAAGAGAGCUGGAGAGUCUUCUGAAAGGUGACAGCUUUUGUGUCAAGUAUGAUCCUAACUCACUACUAUACAUAUCAAAGGCAAUGGAUCUGUUCGACUUGGGGGAAGGCUUCAGCUCUCUCUUGGAAGGAGUGGCUCGUAUUCAGUGCCCCACCCUUGUUUUAGGAGUUCAAUCUGAUGUGUUGUUUCCUGUCACACAGCAAAGAGAGCUGGAGAGUCUUCUGAAAGAAGCUCAAAACCAUGAUGUGACAUAUUAUGAACUACCUUCCAUAUAUGGUCAUGAUACAUUCCUACUUGAUGUUGUAGCUGUUGGGGCAGCAGUGAAGGGCCACAUCGAAACAGAUCUGAAGAUUCACGGGAAACGCAAGCCGCCUCUUCUUAACAAAAGCAGCAAGACACCAGUUUGACGUCAUCAGUGACAUCAUCAAUCUUCCAGCUUAUCACCCUUGCACGUGUAGCUUUCAUCAAGGAUCAACCAACGUUUUCAUUGUUACCAUGCAUUCAUUAUUUCUGCUGGUGAUGUAGCUGCUUACUUUCACCUUCCAACACUCACUGCAUUUAAACGCAUAUUCUCCUGAUUUUCUCUCGUAAAGGCUAACACUCAAAACAUUCGCUUUCUUUAUCAGUAAAACGAUAGUCAAAUUAGGCAACUGUUUAAUUCAGUCUAGAUCGUAUAUUUAUGGUGUAUGCAGAACAAGUUAGUUUUCAUCUUACCUCUUUAGAUGUAUAUAGGAAGAUGAAAGGGAAACAGUCAAAAUUACAACUGAGAAAACAGUUCAUUCAGUACAGGGCGAGCGAUACAGUAACAGUUUGUGAUGUAGAACUGUGUAUACUGUGCACAAUUUGAUCCGUUUGAUGGUUGAUACCUUGAUUUAGUGGAGAAUUAAGCGGAAGCUAAAAGCGUUUAUAUUUUCUAGCCAAUCUGAAAAAUGGACUUGUGGCGAUCAUAGAAACGCCUUGAUCAAUUUAAAUGUUUUGAAGCUUUGAGGAAGAAAAUCGUGUUCUAUAGAUAGGUGGAAUAUGGGGAUUAAUAGCGACAUUAAUAUAUAAUGAGAUGGCCGAAAAUGUUUCGUUCUCAUUUGGACGAGGUGUGUUUUUUAACGCAGAGUAAGGUUUUUCUUUUUGUGUAGUUCAAAAACAGGAAGAAAAAUUGACCCGGGACCAUAGUAUUUUUUUCGUAUUUGAGCUCGGGAAACGAAUCUCGCAGUCAAACAACAAAGUGCACUGUGUAGAUACAACAAUCGAUGAAUAAAAUGCGAGAUUGAGGUUAAUGUUUGAAUAAAUGGUAAAGAUUGUUUUGCGUCCA